UGCGCCGCCCGGGAAUCGAACCCGGGUCGCAAGAAUGGGAAUCUUGCAUGAUACCACUACACCAGCGGCGCCGACACGCCUCAGUAUAGACUCUGUGGUUAUUCCAUACAUAGCUAUAUCCGAGUAGUUACAAGUUUUGUAUUUGAAUAUAUGCAGGGAUGACUCUUGACUACAUGAUCUAGUGUUAUAAAACAAGAAACACUGAAAAUGAAUUUCACAGGACGCUGUUCUUUUAUUUGAUUAAAAACGCAAUGUUUCCCUUUAUGCUGAAAGUUUUCUGUAUUUACUUCCGGUGUUGUAGUGUAACAUCGGAGUAACUUCCUCUUACGAGACCUCAUGUUGCUAACGGUCAAAAUAUGUGGUUUUUGAAACCAAUUUAUUGUAAGUUUCGAUGUUAGAGUUGCUACAACUCAAAAAGAGGUUUUACUCAUGUCGAAUAAGAAUGGUGAAGAGGAGUGGGUGGAGACAACCGAGGAGGUUGUUGAAACUGAGGAGGGCCUCUCUCUGAAGAACAGCACCCCUGCAGUGGUGGUUGAUUUAGAGUCGACUGAAACGUCACUCCAGAAACUGCUGAGCACUGUGGGACAGGAAGAAAGCAUUGAGGGCCAAGAUGGCUUCUGUUGUGAGGAGUGUCUGCCUCUUUUUCAGGAUCAGAGUAAUCCUGAUGACAUUAAUGGUCCAUCAUUUAUCCUCGACUUUCCAACGACCAUGGGUGUCCCACAGCGAGCUCUUCUCACUUUACCCUUUGGCCUGAUGAUAGGCAGAUCCAGCAUUCCCAAUGCAGGAGUAGGUGUAAUAAACCAAGGUCCAGCACUGUCUCCAGGAAUGCAUUUUGGACCGUAUGAGGGGGAAGUGACAGUGAAAGAAAAUGCUAUGUCUAGUGACUUUUCUUGGGAGAUUUACAAAGGAGAAGAUCAGUAUGAGUACAUAGAUGCCACCAGUGACUCCUAUUCAAAUUGGAUGAGGUAUGUGAACUUUGCUCGCAGCAAGGACGAGGCCAACCUGCUGGCCGUUCAGUACAAAGGCAGCAUCCUGUUCCACUGCUGCCGCGCCGUCCAGACCGGAGAUGAGCUCACAGUGUGGCCGAGCAGCAAACUGCGCGCCCACCUCAGCAAAGAUUGGUCUGACAUGUUGUCUUUGAAGAUGAGCAGAACAGAGAGCGGUGAGAGUGCGUCGUCUCCGAUUUUCCUCUGCUCCAGCUGUCUUCUCUCGUUCACCACGGAGAGCUUCCUCCUCCGACACAUAGAGCACUUUCACUUGCAGCCCAAAGCAGACGAGGCGGCCGGCGAGGAAAACCCCGGCUCCAGAGACGAGCCUCCAGCCUCUCUGGUGAUGCUGGUGGAUCCAGUUAAAUCCAAAACGUGUGAUGACUGCGGGAAAGUUUUCAAACAAGUCCCCCACCUCAGGAGACACAAGCUGUGCGUCCACUCCAACAAGCGGCCUUACUGUUGCUCGCAUUGCAGGAGAAGCUUCAGUCAGGCGUCCGGCUUGGUCCGACACCAGAGCGUUCAUUUUGGAAAAGCCGCAGCUACGGACAAACUGGUCUCUACAGCGGAGAGCUCUGCUCUCGGAUCAGAACUCUCCUGCCGGGCGGAAGCGGCUGCAUCUGAAGAGACUGAAAGAAGCAACCCGACCAAGGUUGCCCAAGUGGAUGUGUAUGUAGAAAUGCAGCAGCUGGAUUGUUCAGUCUGUGGAAAGAGCUUCACGAAUGAAGCGCACCUCAAGAAGCACGAGGCAGCUGUUCAUGAGAAGUUACGCCCUUAUGUCUGUUCUGUGUGCCUCAAGUGCUUCGGCCAGUACAACGACCUGGCCAGGCAUCUGCAGAGUCACCACAAGAAUGAACAUAAAGAGAAAAUGGACGAGGAUUCGGAGGACGCCGCCAUCAUGCCGUUUAGCUGUGGCGAGUGCUUGGUGGCUUUCUCUUCGGUGGAUGACCUGCAGCUGCACAUAAACGAGCGGCACUCGGAAGACUCGGCGGCUGAAAACCAGGGAAGUAGUUCAGCUCCUCCUGUGGAAACCAAAGACCUCACCCCAAACAGUGCCCCUCUGAGGCCGCAGCGCCUCAAAGCCAGAUCUAAAGUUUCUGCCGUCACUCAACUUGUAGCGCCUAAACGCAAAGCGGCCAAUCAGCAAGAGGCUUCAGCCGUCAGAAAUGCAAAAAUCAAGAAGCACAAGUGGUUUAGCUGUAAUCUCUGCAAGCAAACAUACGGAAACCCAGACGAUCUUAAGGCACACAAGUGCACUUCGAAGCCGCUGAACUGCGGACAGUGCAGCGCCGCCUUCUGGAAGUCUAGUUUGCUCAGAAGGCACACACAGAUGGCACAUGGAAGGGCGAAAUCUUUCCGCUGCAACUCCUGCGAUAAAGCCUUCUCUACGUCAGCGAAGCUGAGGCAGCAUCAGAAAAACAAGUCUUGUCAGAAGUACCACUGCGCCUCCGAGCUGUUCCCCUGUUCCUUCUGCCACUUCUCCUUCACCAUGAAGAGCUACCUCAUCAAACACAUCAAGAGGCACCAUCCUCGGGAUUACUCGGAAGGCCUGAUGGACCUGGAGGAGGCGGAGGGGGAGUUCACGUGCUCGGACUGCGGGACAAACUGCGCAGACGCGCAAGCGCUCGCCUCUCACACGUGCAUCAGGCAGCUGAAGGUCCUGUAUUUGUGCACCGACUGUGGGAAGAGCUUCACGAACCACUACGGCCUGAAGCAGCACCAGCGCAUCCACACGGGCGAGAAGCCCUACAGCUGCACCUAUUGCAGCAAGAGCUUCUCCUACGUGGGCCAGCUGAACGUUCACCUCCGGACUCACACCGGCGAGAAGCCCUACCUGUGCACCCACUGCGGCGAGAGCUUCCGCCAGUCAGGAGACCUGAAGAGACACGAGCGGAAACACACGGGUGUGAGGCCGCACGAAUGCACCGAGUGCAGCAAGAGCUUCAGCCGCCUGCAGAGCCUCAAGGCUCACCUGCUGCUUCACCAGGGACAGAGGCUGUUCAAGUGCAGCCAGUGCGGGAAGAGCUUUUCCAGAAACUAUCAUCUCAGGAGGCACCAUCAGAAGGUGCACACGUAGGCAAGAAGGACUGUCGUUGCUGUGAAAAUAGUUCAGAUUUCCACAGAUUAAAGUAAAUUACUUUACUUUAGCAAGUUUAAGAAUAACUUUGUGAAAGUUAUUCUAGAUUUCCGACAUUAGCCCGUUUUUAUUUAGUUCCAAAACCAGUUUUAACGCGAGUUUUUGAUGUUAGUAGAACACAGCGUCAUCCUUAUUCCUGUUUUGUCCAUCCACUUAAUGCAAAGCUUUUUUUUUUUUUAUUAUUACUCUCCAACCCAUCUGAAUCAAGUAAUCUGGGAUUCUGAGGUAAUUCUGUCGUUUGAUUCAGGUGUGUUGGAGAAGGAAUGCAUCUAAAAGUUAAAGGAUGGUAUCCUUUCAGGUUGCACUUGAGCGUCCUUGAGCUAGAGGUUGAAAAUAAAUAAGCGUCCAGAGACGGACAAGAUCUAUUUCCACAGAUUCAGUAUGAUUGAUGGGGAUUGUUUAUCCCCAAAAACCUCAUGACUACGUUUGAUUCAGCAUCAGUUUACACAAAGUUAUUGCACCUUUCUGUUUGAGGUCUGUUUUUUUUUUUUAUUUAAAUUUACAGAAUUUAAAUUACAUUCAAUAUAAAAUCAUUCUCAGCAUUUGACUCUAAACAUUGUAUAAUUUAUUAAAACAAGAUUCACUACAGUUUUUUGACAAAAAAAAAGGAAAUGAAGCUAAACAGAUUUGCCAUGGUUUGAAAUAAAAACACAGCUGCUCAUCACUGUUGACCAUUUAUUCCACAAAACAUACAAUGCAAAGCGUGUGCACUGUACAAGCCUUAAUAUUAUGAAAAUAGUCAUAACCAUGCCUGUUUUUUUUUGUUUGAUUUUUUUUAAAUUAAGUAAUCCUAGGUUUUGUUUUCAUUACCACCCUCAUCUACUACUUGGUUUUAACAUAACAGUACAGCUUUGUCUAUUUGAUUACCUUUUUCUUUGCUUUUGUCCAUUUUUUUUUCCUUGACUACGUUAUAAAGAUUACGCAAAUUGAAAAUAUUGAAGUCUGACCUGAAACUAUACAAACAUACUGCAAUGACAGGUGACUGCUUUCAAACUGUGCAUGAACCGAAAACAGGUAAGAAACCUGGCAGUGUUUUUCCAUGUGCUACACGCGGUGGUUGUCAAGUGCAGCUGCUGGUUCGAGACGAAAACUUCGCUGCUGGUAACGACUUUGGGAAAAGACAAAAAAAUAAAUAAAAUUUCCCAGUCUGGUAAUGGUUCAGGAAUCGGUAAUUCCAGUUACACAAGUCCUUAGCAACAUCCAUCUGGAGGGGAAAAACAGAUCCAUUGUCACUUGUGGCACAGAAGUUGCAGGUUUGUUUCGUGUGGUACCUCUUCUAAAGACACAAGGGGAUGGAACCGGAGGAAGGAUCGCUUGUUGAUGGGUUUUUAGUGUGUAGAAAAUACACAAACACUUCUGGAAAGUAGGCAGCAAGGUUAGGUGAUGAGACACCUAAAAGAAGGUUACUGUUACUACGGUUUAGACAUCACGUCCCACUCGUUCUCUUCGUUCCAUCGGCGCGCCGCGGCAUCUUCGGUGCAAACUCCUUCCUUCGUCCCACAUCUUUAUCACGGAAAAUAUACAACAACCGUCCAAAUCUCGGUUUAUAUUAUGUUAAAUGUUAUCCACGUUAAAAUUUUUUACAAACCAAACCGAAAACACACAGCAUCACAUCUGUACAAAAACUGAGAGGGGAAAAAAAAAAAAAAAAAAAAAGUCAAAAAAAAAGAAGG